GUCGAGAGAAGUUUGUGUUCGCGCUUAUUCGGUUAUACAGUUGUAUUGCAUUUGAUUAUUCUCAGGUAGAUUUGUUUAUUUUUACCAGAAGUGCGCUCUUUCUUUUGCCUUGAGAUGUAAGUGUGAACGUUUUUAGAUUUCAUAGUGUGAAAGAAGCAUAACGAAACAGAUAUGUUAGCAGUUUUUAUUAUGUUUUUUAUAAUACCAAUGAUCCACAAAAGUCGCCAGAAAGCAAUUAACGCGAAUAAAGUCAAACAAACGAGAAAAUAAACAAACUUUCUCGCUGUGUAAAUAAUAUCGUUCCUUCGCUCACAAAAUGAACCAGUGCCGCUGACUUCGUUUUGCAGUUUUACUUUUCAUAUUUCCUACUUUUCGGUGGCAAAAAGAGAUGAAGUGAAAUUGUUAAAAAUCAGUUCAAAAUGAACUUUGUUCAAAUUUAGAAAAUCCAAUUAAACCACUGUGCCUAUUACUACAUACAUACAUAAGUAUGUAUGUUGUAAAAUCCCCACCUAAAAGGACUUACCUUUAAUAAAACUGCAAGGAAAGAGGAAGAAAAAUGGCUCAGCCCCAGUUACUACAAAUCAAGUUGUCGCGUUUCGACGCCCAACCUUGGGGCUUUCGAUUGCAAGGUGGUGUAGAUUUUUCCACACCACUGGUUGUGCAGAAGGUAAAUGGCGGCAGUUUGGCGGAAAAGGCUGGGCUCAUCCCGGGAGAUGCUGUUUUAAAGAUCAACGAUGUUGAUGUUUUCAAUUUGCGGCACAAAGAUGCGCAGGACGUGGUUGUACGUUCUGGAAACAACUUUGUUUUGACUGUGCAAAGAGGAGGCUCUACUUGGCGACCACAUGUAACACCCACCGGCAACAUCCCACAGCCCCAGCAGAAUUCUCCAUAUUUGCAAACGGUGACGAAAACUUCUCUGGCUCACAAACAACAGGAUUCGCAACACAUUGGCUGUGGUUACAACAACGCUGCUCGACCAUUUGUCAAUGGCGGAGACGGUAACGUCAAAAGUAUCGUCAAUAAACAAUAUAACACGCCAGUUGGCAUUUACAGCGAUGAAUCUAUUGCGGAAACUCUUUCGGCUCAAGCUGAGGUCCUGGCAGGCGGCGUCCUUGGUGUCAACUUUAAAAAAAAUGAAAAGGAGUACCAACCUGACAAGUCGGAAGUACUAAAGUUCUUGCGCGAAGAAGAAACUGGCGCAUCGACUCCAGAACCACCGGCUCCGGCAAAUUUCUAUUGGACUCAAAGCCACGCCAUCGGAGGCAAUGAGCAUCGUACACCACUAUCUCACAAACAUCAACAUCCCAUACAAGAGGAGCAACCACAGGAUGAGUCCAUUGGUACAAACUUGCAAGAAAAAAAGUUAUGCUCGAACUCGGCACAGCGGGCCAGCCUCGCACAGUCAGCAAAACCUUCAUCGUCUGAGCCCGCCGAUCCGCGCGUCAUCAUUAUGCCAGUGUGCCCGGCAUUGCAAGGACCGGAAUAUAAAGCGGAAAUGCAAGCAGCCGCCGCUGCCUUGCAGCACGAUGACGCUCCGCGGCCAUUGUCGGCCAGCGGUCAUCCAACAUGUGCAUUAUGUGGUGUUGGCAUUGUGGGUGUGUUUGUGCGAAUCAAGGAUAAGAAUUUGCACGUCGAGUGCUUUAAAUGUGCUACCUGUGGAACUUCCUUAAAGAAUCAAGGGUAUUACAACUACAAUAACAAACUCUACUGCGAUAUUCAUGCUAAGCUCGCGGCUCUUCAGAACCCACCAUCUGGCACUGAUGGAUAUGUUCCUGUACCAAUAAAGCCAAACACAAAGUUAAGUGCCAACACCAUCUCGUCAGCCCUAAAUGCUCACGGUUUUAGCGACGUCCCUGUGACUAAUGGAGGAAGUGUUGCCCCACCUAUUGCUCCGACGGCCGAAUCUCACGAUGGCAUUAAAGAAAUACAAGCGAAUAAUAUUGACUUGCCAUUACCAUUAGGAAUGGAUAAUGGAUCUGAAAUAACUACUUCGAAUAGUUUGUCCGCCUCAACCGCAGGUCAUCUGUCACAAAUUGAGGAUAUGAUGGAAGGAACUAUCAACUCGUGUCAAGCUUUCUCAUCACCUUCUUUAAUAUGUGGCAUCAAAACAGAUAAUAAUGCGACUAUACUGAUUGCAACCACACCCCCACCACCUCCACCACUUCCUUCAUCUUGCCAAGUAAAUCUGCGCCAACAGAAAGUGCAACAACAAAACGAAUAUGACAUGAACUCUCAAAAUCAGUUUGACAGCGGAGUUGGCGGGGUCGGUCUUGGGGGUAUUAGUCAUGAUAGCUCAGUUGGGCAGACUGGCGGUGGUAAAUAUUCUCUGUCAGGUGGAAUUUAUAGCAAGUUUUUGAAAGAGUACUCCAACAAGUUGCUCACUCUAAACAAACAGAACAACAACAACACUCUCUCAAAUACCAAUAUAAGGAAUGAUGUCCUAUCCCCAAACAUCAAUGCUAAUAGUUAUAAAAAAAACAAUCUUAUCAAUACAUACCACAGUCCCAGCAAACAAACGACACAGGCACCAGCACAAUCUGCACCACAUUCACUUCAAUCCUAUGGUUCCACUACAGUUGGUUCAACAAAAACACAAUCCCCAGAAAAUUCGGUCGUUGCUGCUCUAUCGCCCACAUUCGCUAACCACUUGAAAUUUAAUUCAUGUCAGCAGGUUGCAAAACCAGCAGCAACUUUAGAGCAACCUCCGCCAAGUACACCGGAUUCUUUUUCCACCGCUAAAGCAAGUACUUCAAUUAGUUCAGCAAUCACUGACUCGACGCUCUUGAAUACUAUCAACAACAGCAAUUUAAGCAACAAUAAUAGAGAAACUACUACAACAACUCAAACUAUUCACAACAAAGGUACAAAUUUCACAUCAGAAAUGCUGGCGAAUCCAUCAUUAGCACUGGACACUACGUCGAAUGACCAGCCAUUUGGUGAAUACGUUACCUUAACUGGCAGUAUAAUCCGCAGUGUUGUGCCACCUGGUAAGGGUGUAAACAUCAAUUAUAAGGUUAAUCAGGGCUAUACUAGGCCAUUUGGAGCUGGUCCAGUCGCUGCCCCGAAGUCUCCAGUUGCGUAUCCGCCGCAAAGGCCGGCUGUCAAUUCGUAUGCUACGUUGCCGCGCACAAAUAUCGGUCAACAAGAUUCCGAUGCUAGCUUGCAACCGCAAUAUGCGGAAGAGUUAAAUUCUAACUCAGCGCCAGUCGGAGUUGAUUACUUUGAAGAAGAUUUUGAGCUGUCUGAAGUUAACAGACAAAACCGAGGUAACUUCUUUUGGCCUCCAGCAAAAGAAGAUAGUCCCAUUGUACCGACGGCGGCACCACUUUAUAUUCCUCCGCCAGAAACCCAACAUGUUGUCGCCAAAGCACCGAAAGUUUCACAUUUGCAAAAGGACGAUGAAGGGGCUAAUAAGCAAUAUUUGAAUGUAGAUAAAAUUAAAGAAAAUAAACAGGAUCAAAAUAUAAAGCAAAACCUUCGGUCAAAUCGACAGAGCAAGUCGGCACCACAUCUAACUGUAGAUUUGCAACCGCCUGAAAUUGAGUCUAGUUCGGAAAGUUUUACAUCAACAUCGACAACAACUACGACAACUUCAGAAGAAUACCAACGUAUGUAUGCCUCACAGGUGCAAGCCUAUCAAAUGCAACAAAUUUAUGAGCAGCAUUCCGGAUCCGAGUUAGAUUACCAUAUGGAUAUGGAAGUUGCUACUAUGCAACAACAUCCACAAGAUUCCUCCUGUAUAAGUUCAUCCGAAUAUAUAUGUGGACGUCGAAGUGCUCAAGAAUGCGUUGAGUCUUUAGUUGCACCAUUAAAUACAAACAAAUUAAUCGAUAUGGUCAGGGAGGUAACACCUAGUCCAGUUCCCCCGCCGAAUAUCCAAGCAAAUAGGCAUGUCGUGUUUAUAGACGAACCUGUGACUAAAGAAAUUCAAUCAUAUAGGGACGAAGAAUAUAAAUCUCAAACCCUAGCUAAUAGCGACACAGUCUCUUCUAGUUCCACAGUUCCAUCUGGUUCACUAGAGGAAAGUGAAACUUUUGUUAAAACUGAGCGCGCUGAAGUUCAACAAAGUCAGCGUAUUUUUCAACCCACUUCCGAAAUUAAAAUUGAAAUAGCUCCUGUACGACAAAUACCAAAGUCUAAAAUACCCAACACUGUGCCGAAGGAAUGGAUCAACCCCAUGGUUAGGGUAUUGACUACAGCUCCAGACGUGCCUUUUCACUUAGUAGAGUGCCCAUGCCCAAAACCUUGUGACUGUGAUUCAUUCGAAUGUUUGGAGAAAGAUCAAACACCCCAAGAAACUGCAAUAACUCAAGAUACAAAGGAUAAGGUGUAUACUGAAGAAUUAUUAUCUGUUGAAGAAAGUCCACCCAAAGGUUCGUGGCUUGCGAGUGCUAUAACAACAGCACCAGAGUGGGAGGUACGCUUUGAGCCUCCUCCUUCACAAAUAAUUCCUCUUCCCGAAGAAACUAAACCAUAUAUGCCACCGCCUAUUGAUAUGAGACCAUAUAUGCUGGAGGAUUACCGUCCCAAAUCACCAUUUUUAAGUGCACUUACUACAGCACCAGAACGUCCCUUUGAAGGUCAUUUUGAAAGGGAUGUGCCUAUUCAUUUGCUUGACCUUCCCACACCCAAAGAACACUUAACCUUGUCAGAUGCAUUAUGUACGGCACCGGAACGUGCUUAUACACCAUUAAAUCCGGAAAACGCUACAAAUAUGUUUGAGGAACAAGAAAUUGAAAAGCAGAAAAAGAAACAAGAAUUUCAAGUUCUUAAUCGUGAAGAAGAAUUAGGUAUUAAGGCUCUCGACAGUGAGUCAAUCGAAUAUUAUACAACGGAAAAGCCUGAUUUUCCACAGCAUAGUAAAUCAUCCGCAUUUGCGGCAAUGCAAGCAUUCCAACCAAACCAAGAGCCUUUAAUUUCCAACACUCCACGCCAAUCCAUUACGUCCUAUACAAAAGAAGAUUUUGAUCCUGAUUAUGAAGGAUACUAUAAAGCUAAAGAACGUAAUAAAAAGCGCAUUGAUUACUAUCACAAAAAAGAACAAGAACUUCAGCAACAACAUAUUGAACCAAGCAGAAGUCAAAAAAUAUCAGAGACUAAUACAUGCCAAAUGUCCUCAUUAAAUUCCUAUACCAAACGAAAUUCUUCCUCUGAAUCCUCUUCCGCAGUCCAAGCAAUGUCAAACACCACUUCUACUAGCACGUACGACUCCAAUUCAACGCAUGACUCAAGGUCAUCAUAUCAAAACAAUGCUCGCUCCGUUAAGUCUGAUACCAAGGUCGACUUGCACGAAGUCAUUGAAGAAACAACUGAAGAGCUCGAACAUUCUGAAGUACUUUUUCCACCACCAUCACCGCUAAGUCAUCUUCAUGGGAAAUCAGCUUCUUCCGGUUUGCACAAGGCUGAUACGAUACCUAAAUAUCAACGCAAUUGGACAGUAUUGCCCACGCAAAGUCCUGCUCGUACUCCAGAACCACCAGAACUUCGUGAAAAUAUUCCACUUGCUUUUGUAGAUGCGCCAGUCACUAGUUCAUCAAGUAACCUAAUACAUAAACCAGUAGCCCAAAGCUGUACAACAACAGCAGUUUCUCAACAGUAUCAUCAGCAACAUGAAAAAACCACAAUUGCAAAUCGUAGUUCGAUCAUAACUACAAGUAACAAAUUGUCUUCUCAAGAGCAAUCGAAAUUGUUAACGCAAACCAAAAAACCUAUCGUACCUAUCAUAAUCGAAGAAAAAACAGCUCCCCAAGUAACAAUGGCUUUUCAAUCCUUAGACGAACACUUGCAAACUGACGAGUCACAAACACUAAGUCGCCCUUAUACGCCUUCAAUUAGCUCAAAACCAGUCCCAGUAAUUCCUUACUAUCAAACACCAGAAGCGCUGUGCUUUGAUGAGUGUCCUGCGACCCAUGCUCGUAAUUACGAACGUCGGUCAGCUUCGCCAUAUCCAGAUCGUGCACGAUCUCCUGCUCCGGGUCCACCACCGAACCCAUUAGCUGCUAUACGUUCACCAAAACCCAAAGAUAAUAAGUUGUCUUCCUUGUCUCCGCGUGUCCUUCAAGCCGGCUCAAUUACUACUGGACAAAGUUAUUUAGGUGCUCAACAACAGCUGCAACAGCAGCAGCAACAAACACAAAUAUUAUCACACUACGAUCAAGCAAUCAGUAGAGGAAGUCAAAGCUGCAUUAAUAAACCUGAGAUAAUUGAAACUUGUGAAAUUGGUGAUUACGGGGUACAAAGCACUGAAAAAGAAGUCCACAAAGUAGAUCAAAAGCAAUCAAAAUUAGAUAGCCAAACAAAAAUUAAACUUAGAGAUACUCAGAUUGAGAGUAGGCGACGAGUAACUGAGGAAUAUGAACGCACUCAAAGCGCCCGUUCUGUAGAGAUUCGCACUGAUUCAAAAAGUACCAAAUCGACUCCUGCUAUUUCUGCAAGCGAACGUCGCCAAUCGUACGGGAAAACGGGAUAUGUCGCUAAUCAGGCACGUCGCUUAUCUGGUUUAGAGCAGGAGAUUACCAAUCUGGCUAGUCAAUCUCAGGCCAUUAGUGCACGAGCAGCCACCCUAACUGAGACAUUAUUUCCUCAAAUAAAGUCGCCCGAACCGUCAUCGAAAUUUCCGACUAAACCGGUGUUUCCCCCUCACGAUGAACCUGAACGUCCAAACUAUUUAUUUUCUGCGACCCCUUAUAACAAAAUGGUUGGUCCACCACCAAGAUUUAAUGAACAACAGCAACAGUUAUCACCUGCCAUACACUUGUCAACUGCAUAUGGAUCAUCUGUGGUUUCGCAACAACAGCAAUCAUUAAGCACAUAUUCAAGCAGCAACUUCACUUCGUCCACAAGCAAAAUAUCAUCAUUAUCAUCGCAAGCUAAUGUCGCUAAUGUUGGCAGUUUAACAAAAGCUUAUAUUACUAAUAACAAUAUAGCUGGAGCGGCAAGUGCCAGGACCUCCGGCGCCAGUGCCGUUUGCCCCGUAACGGGUACAUUCUGUCGUCCGGGUCACACUUGCUGCAGACAGCAACAGUUGCAAGCGCAAUCGCCUACAACUGACGUAGUUAAUUAUAAUCAAAAUAAUAAAGUAACAUAUCGGACGAACGCUUCCACAGGUUUAACGGAUAUAAAGACUAAUGCGCAAGCUACUGCUAUUGCUACCGCUAAUGCGGCUAAUGCCAUUGACACAGUGACAUCGCAAGCGCCGUAUACCGCUACAUCUGCCGCGACUGCUGCAACCGCAACUACAUCAUUUCCGCCACCUAAUACCGUUGAUAAAAGCAAAUCUAACGUUGGUCUCAAUGGCUCCACAGGUGUUGGAGGUAAAGCAGCGUUUAGUGCUACUUCUGCUCCAAAGCGUGGACGUGGAAUCUUUAACAAAGCGGUUAGUCCUGGCGUUCGUGUACCCUUGUGUAGCAGCUGCAAUAUCCAGAUCAGAGGACCUUUCAUUACGGCAUUGGGACGUAUCUGGUGCCCUGAGCACUUCAUUUGUGUAAAUGCCAACUGUCGUCGUCCAUUGCAAGACAUUGGAUUCGUUGAGGAGAAAGGCGAUCUUUAUUGUGAAUACUGUUUUGAAAAGUACUUAGCUCCUACAUGUAGCAAGUGUGGAAGCAAAAUAAAGGGUGAUUGUUUGAAUGCCAUCGGUAAGCAAUUCCAUCCAGAAUGCUUCACAUGUGGUCACUGCGGUAAACUCUUUGGAAACACCCCUUUCUUCUUGGAAGAUGGCAAUGCAUACUGUGAAGCGGAUUGGAAUGAACUUUUUACAACCAAAUGUUUCGCUUGCGGAUUCCCAGUUGAAGCAGGUGACAGAUGGGUCGAAGCGUUGAAUCACAAUUAUCACAGUCAAUGCUUCAAUUGCACUUACUGCAAACAAAAUUUGGAAGGACAGAGCUUUUACAAUAAGGGCGGUCGUCCCUUCUGUAAAAACCAUGCGCGCUAAAGUACUAUAGUAAUGUUAUGUAACUGUACUUCAGGGAUCACGGAUAUUACAAUACCACCACACUAACAAAAUAUGCUAAAACCCUCGAAAAAUAACAAAAACCUCGAAAAAAACACUCAAUAUCUCAAUAUCACGAUUUCUGAAUUAAAAUAAUAAUUCUGAGUUAAGUCAAUAAUAUUUGGCAUUAUUUUGGGAAACCAAAUUGACAAAAUUUUAAAUGUAAAUGUAUAGCUGUAUAUAACUAAACGAGAACCAAAACGGUGAAAUUCUCUCCACCUUUGGAUGUUAAAUUUCAAACAAUUACUUACAUUCGCGCAUAAUGUGGAUAACUCCAACUUUCGUGGUUACAUGAGGGAUCAUAUGUGCAAAACAGUCACUUGCGAUAUUAUUAAUUGUAUUGUAAUAUACAAGUAAAUAUCUAGAAUUGUGAUGCCGUUUUAUCAAAUUGAUUUUAAAUCGCUUUAAACUAAUUGUGUUUUAAUUGAAUGUAUUUUCGUUUAAUUUUUUUUUUUUGAGAUGAAAGCUUUGUAUUCUGCAUCCUUAGUGAAUAUACAUACAUAUGUAUAUAUAUAGCUGUUUCUGAAAACAAUUUUUUCAACGGCGAAUGUAAAUUAAUAAUAAAAGAAAGCUUUUCGAGUUCGAUAAUUAAUCUGGUAUGUAAUAUUACAUAAAAGA